AUGCAGCAAGAUUUAGCUCAGGAAUCAUCAGACUCAGGCCUGAUGGUUCGCCGCAAAAGUCGCCGUUUUCAUCCGCUUGCAACUCAACGCUCUUGGAGGCUUUGCCGUCCGAUGUACAUUGAUCUUGACCGCGAGGAUACCCCCGAGCCCAGAGCCGGCGCCCCUCAUGUUGCUGGCCGAAACAUAAGUGAACCUGUUGUUGUUGAACGUGCGCAUGAGGCACUCAUGGCCGCUGGACCACUCCCUGUGGCCAACCCAAACGUCCAAACGUCCGAAAGCCCCACUAACACCACUGGAGCCACUUCCAACCUUCCCGGAAACCUCCCAGGUUCUUUGGCCCCACCAAAUGGUCACUCGACAUCCAACCAUGAAGAAAACCACCCCAGACGCAUGCCACCGGCACCGACUUUGGCUGAACAAUUAAAUGCCAACCCCUUUGUCGCUCGUGUGCCUUUCCCACCGGAACAACCAGCCAUGGAGGCCAUCGGUCUGGAGACCUAUCUCAACAUUGCUCACAUACCUCGCGACAACCUCCGUACUUGUUCCCGACUUCUGGUCCACGGCAUCGGCCAUUGGACGUUGUAG